GGCGGUGCGGCGGGCCGCGAACGCGCGCUCCCUGAUGCGUGCGCGCCCACACUCCACAUCCCAACACCGUAUGGCCUAACCUGCAAAACCGGCUUCGCGAUUUUAGUGCGCCUAAUCGCGGAUAAGUGAUUGUGAAUUGUGCUCCCAAAAUCGAAAUUCAGUGGACGUACCUUAAAAAAGUUUACGAACUUUUAAAGUUUUGUGAACGUGACGGUCUUUGGAAAUUCAAAUCGCUUUUUUAUUUCAUUGAAAGAUUAGAAGCAGUACUUAAAGUUUAUUGUCUGCCCGAACGAUCUCUAUCCGUUAUGAAACAUAAUGAAGUUAUGAUGGUACGUUACGGUUUAUAGUGUUAAGUGUGAUCAGUGAAAAUGAUGCAGGGAUUGUUGGAAUCGCUCUACAAGAUCUAUUCAGAUUGGCGCGCUCCGAUGACGGAGGAGUCGGACGCGCGGCGGGGUCGCAGCGCGGCGCCGCGGGCGGGCGGGCGGCCGGAGCCGCGGCCGCGCACCGUGCCCCCGCGCCUCAUCCGCCCCUCCGAGCACCUCGCCCUGGUCGAGCAGGCCCGGGAGCGCCGCCACCCCGACCGCCGCGCCUCCGACCACGUGCCCAUGGACGACCGGGGGCUCGACCGUCGCUCCAGCGAGCAGCCCGCCUCGCUGGAGCGCGUCCACCGACCGGACAGGCGGCCCGUUGAGUACGCGAUCGUAGACCGACCGAUGGACCGCCGGCCCCAACACCAGCAGGUGGAGAGACGGCCUCCCGAUCACUACGCGGUCGUAGAUCGCCCGGGCGACCGGCGGCCCGUCGAUCAGUACGCAAUCGUGGACCGCCGCCCCGUGGACUACCCGCCGAUGGAUAGACGACCCAUCGAUCACUACGCGACCGUGGAACGACCGAUCGAACGACGGCCAGUCGAGCACCAAUCGGUGGAGAGACGGCUGGCCGACCAACGGGCGUUCGUGGACCGCCGGCCCGUGGAGCACCAGAUGGUGGACCGGCGACCGGUCGACCACAUGAUGGUGGAGCGACAGAUAGAACGGCGGCCAGCUGACUACAUGAUGGUGGAGCGGCGGGCGGUCGAUCCUCAGAUGGAGCGGCGACCGGCUGACCACAUGCUGGUAGAGCGACAGAUGGAGCGGCGGCCGGCCGACCACAUGUCGGUGGAUCGACAAAUGGAGCGGCGGCCGGCCGACCACAUGGUAGUGGAGCGACCGUUGGAACGCCGGCCCGACAAUCAGUUGGUGGAGCGGCGGCCGGAGCAGAUGGCGCUCGUGGAGCGACGGCCCGUGCCGCUAGUACCUUCGGUGACAGUGCUUCAAGGCCCCAGGGGGCCUCCGCCCCAGCCGGGGCCCAGGCCCUACGUGGCCCCGCCGCGUAUGCCGGCGCCAGUGCAUCCAGCCUCCAGACUUCCAGUUCCUAAAAGAGAUAUACAGCCUCCUCCCGUGGUGCACACGGCCCCCCUGGCGCCGCCCCCCGCGCCUCCCGCGUCCGCCCCCCGCACGAUCGUCAUCACCCGGCCCGACGCGCGGCACGGGUUCGGCUUCACGCUCCGACAUCUAGUCGUAUACCCGCCGGAGUCGCUGCAGGAGCUGUACGAGGAUGCCCGGCACCUGGCCGUGGGCGCGGUGGGUGCGCCCAUGGACACGAUCUUCGUGAGGUCCGUGCGGGCGGGCGGGCCGGCGGCGGCAGCGGGGCUCCGCGCGGGGGACCGCGUGCUGGCCGUCAACGGGGAACCCGUGGCGGGCGGCAGGGCGCGCGCGCCCUACGCCAGGGUCGUGCAGCUCGCGCAGAGGGAGCCCAGGGUGCUGAAGCUGACUGUGGUGCCGAGGGAUCACGAUUUGUUGCAAAGGUACUUCAGCGAGGCAGCGUAUAACCCGGAGACGAAUCAGAAAGAUAUGCCGGCGGUGACAGAACACGAGUCGCGGCUGUUCGAUGCGUAUCGACGGCCGCCCCCCGCGCUCCCCGCGCCCGCCCCCCACCCGGCGCCCACCCAGCGCGACCCGGAGUACGCCACUGUCGCGCCGCGCUACGAGCCGCGACUUAGCUCCAACUACAUGAUGCAUGACGGAAGGAGAGAAUCAGAUACCUCCCUCCCGUCAUCGGCCGCGGAGAGUAAAGACAGUCUCGGCUCGUUCGACUCCAACUCCACGCUGACCGGCCGCGAGCUCGACGACUCGAUCAUCCUCUCCCGGAUACGGAAGAGUCUGGAGCAAAAAGAGGCGUUCCUGCGACGCCCCUCCCAACCCACCGGGUGGCUGACCCCCGACGCCCCUCAGCCAAUCAAACAGAAGGAAUUCUACGCCCGGCCUCAGAAACUACAAAAGCCGGCGUGGCCCCCGCCACCCUCAUCCCCGCCCCCCACCCAGACGCAAGAGAAGAAGGACGAAUGUGCCACCAGCGUCGACAGCGGAACGUACAGCGCGUACGGCGAAGUCAAUGGAAAUACUGAUAAGAGUAAAAAGCAGGACAAGAGUCAGUUCGUCGCGACGCUCUCCAAGAUCCAGGAAACCACGCCCAUACAGAGCACAAACGUGGGAACUAUAAGCAACGGAACGGCGAACGAGUAUAGAGAUGAAAAUGGUGCAAAUAAUCAGGAUAAUAGAUACCCCGGCGAACUGCAGCUAGUGACGGCGCGUACGCGACAGUUAGCGGAGGCGCGCGGCGUUGGCGAGCGGCGCACGGACGCGGCGCGCAGCGAGCUCGCCCGCCUAAGCGCCGCGCGCCUCGAGCCGAGCGUCGCGCUGCGUCGCCGCGAGUUCGAGCGCGCCGUGCGUCGUGACGCGCGCUCGCUCGAUGUGCAGCUGCAAUCGCGACAUGACCUUGAGCAGGAGUCAGGGAGUCAGAGUUUGUCCGGCAACCAGCUCGUGAUCACCGGCAGUAAACACCUGCACUGCCCCCCGCCUGAAGGAUAUGUGCCCGAGAUUGAAAAGGUUCAAAUGCGAACAAGGUCCAACAGUACCGGUAGCGAAGGAUUGCCCGUUAGAAGACAUCAUGCCACAGAUGGCAGUCACGCGAAGAGACGAAUGGGGCUGAACAGAGAACAGAUGGAGGCAAUGGAUCACGUGACGCUGGAGGCGCCCGCUCGGCCCACGCAGCUCAGCCUGGCCCCGACCCCGUCCGGCGCGAGCACACCCGACCUCACGCCUACCACGCCCGCCGACUCAGGUUUUGCCGAGGACCUGGUUACAAGGCGACAGAAAAAAGAUGCUCAAAUGGGAGAGGAGGAGCGGGCUAUGAGACGAGUCUCGUACCUGAAAGCGACGUGGGGCGACCGACUUCACUUGGACAGCGAUGUCGAGCCCGAAGUCGAUCACUCACUCAGAAGUGCGUACCGCAAGUGGCGUCCGCCGCGUUUCACGGAGGAUAUCACGCCGCUGCUGCGUAUAUUCGACCCGCACGCCAGCGUCCCGCCGCGUGACAAGAAGAGUCAGGAGGUGUCGGAGAGCGCGGAGUGCGCGGAGUGCGCGGAGGAGGGCGACGUGUGCGGACACGUGCAGGUCAAGAUGGUCGUCAGCAACGGGAAGCGCGCGAGCGACCGGUCGUGGAAGGCGGUGUGGGCGGUGUUGCACGGGACCAAGCUCUACCUCUACAGGCACCAUCCCACGCAGAGUCCUGGCACGGGCAGCGCGGGAGCGGGUGCGGAGGCGGGUCGCGACGCGCUCGACGUGCGCUACUCGCUGGCGGCGCUCGCGGACGACUACACCAAGCGAAAACACGUCGUCCGCGUUACUACAGCUGCUGGCGCUGAGCUGUUGCUACAGGCUGAUGGAGCGGCAGAUACACAGAGAUGGCUGGCAGCGCUGCGGCGGCACUCAGCUGAACCCCCGCCCGCGGAGACCGCGCCCGCGUUGCCGCCCGCGCCCGCGUCCGCACCCGCCACCGUCACCGCUCCGCCCGUGAGCGAGACCGCCUCCCCGCUGCCGCCGCAGCGCGGGAAGAAGAUCGGCAGGAAUAGAUCACCUACAGGUCCGCCGACGCCCACGUUGCCGUCGUCGCCCAAGAACAAGACGUGGAAGGGGCGCAUGGCGAAGCAGCUGCGGCGGAUGGGUGGCACCGCGCCGGCCCCGCCCACCACGGGCUGGCUGGGCGCUCCGCUCGAGGCCUGCCCCACAGAUCCCGCACACCCCCUCGUGCCGCAGGCUAUCACACUGCCUGCGUCCGCUGUCGAGGCGUACGGUCUAGGCACGGUGGGCGUGUACCGCGUGCCGGGCAACGCAGCGAACGUGGCGGCUCUGGCGGGCGCGCUGUGCCGCGGGGAGGCGGGGGGCGGGGACGCGCGGUGGGCGGACGUGCACGUGGCGUCCUCCCUGCUCAAGGCCUACCUCCGCCGCCUGCCCGACCCGCUGCUCACGGCACACAUGUACCCGGCUUUCAUAGCGGCGGAUCGGUCGGCAGACCGUGCGCGGGAAUUACGGCGGCUCGUGCACGCGCUACCGCCCGCACACUUCGAAACACUCAAGUACCUCGUCCGCCAUUUGCGGCGCGUCAUAGAGCACUCGGCCGUCAACAAGAUGGCGGCGCGCAACCUGGCCAUCGUGUUCGGCCCGACGCUGGUGCGGGCGGCCGGCGACGACAUGCUCACGAUGGUCAACGACAUGUCCAGCCAGUGCCGUAUUAUAGAGUCCUUCCUCAAUCACUACGAGUGGUACUUCGAGGAGGAGGGAGGCGAGCCACCCGCGGACCCGCCCGCAGCGGGGGAGGAGCUCUCCGCCGCCCCCACACCCUCGCGUGAUCUCCUCAUACACAAUGUCAAGAAAAUAGAAAAUAAGGACGUGACGACGCGCGACAUCGUGUCGUCGAUAAUAUCGGCGGCGAACCGCAAGAUACAGCGAAAGCCGCGCAAGGGUGACAAGAAGUGGGAGGAGAAGUCGCGAUCGCCGCCCUCGUCGCCGCCCCGCUCGCCGCUGUCGCCCGCGCCGCAGCCCGCACACAAAAUCGAAAUGGAGUCUGUGUCAGUCGUCAGUCGCAAUCGGCAGGAGAUAUCGUCGCACACGCACACGCUCAACAGCUUCUCCAUAGACGGGACCGGUGAUUUGGUAUCGUCUCUCACGAGAAAGUUCGACCAGAAGCUUCGAACUCUCAACAACUCGUCGCCGCUAGACGACGGCAGCAUCCCGUACGCCGACGAGGGCCAGGACGACGACGAGGACAAGUCCAGCGGCAGCUCGCCGGCCGAGGACUCCCCGCCCCCCGCCCGCGCCGGCUCCUCCCCCCGCAGCGACGACAUCGACGGCCGCCCGGGGGGCUCCCCCCGCACCGCCGGCGCGCGCGCCCACGAGCUGAAGGCGGCCUGGCUGGCGCGCGACCAGCGGCACUCGUCCAGCAGCAGCGACGACGCCUGGCCGCGCCCCGCCCCCGACACUGACGACUCCGAGAAGGAGAACUGCGCCGCGCCCGGGGAGGCCGGCCCCGACGACGACAAGGACGUCGACACGCGCUCCCACACCAGCGGCGGCACGCUGCCCGACAACGACAAGCUGGAGCGGCCCUACGCUUACCGCGCGCCGCCUCCCGAGCCCCGCGCCGCCGCCGCCGAGCCCGCCGCGCGACCCGACAACGCCGACGCUAAGAGCGAGCGCCCGGAGUCGCCGCCCCGCACGCGCGUGCUCCGCUCCGAGUCUCUCAACUGCCGCGCCGAGCGGCCGCAGCGCUCCGAGUCGCUGGGCAAGGAUCGCAAGGCGGCAGGCGAGUGGGGCGCGCGCCGCGCCGGCGUCGGCGCCUGGCGCUCCACCAAGCUCAAGCGCAAGAACGGCAUGCCGGAGCGCGGCAUCAAGCGGCGGCACACGGUGGGCGGCACCAAGGACUUCGACAAGGACGGCUGGGCGGCGCGCCACACGCGCACGUCCUCGCCCGACCUGUCCGCCUGCCCCUGGCCCGCGCCGCUCGUGCCGCCGCCGCGCCCGCCGCUCGAGUCCCACGUCUGAGGCCCCGCCCCCGGGGGCGAGCCCCGGCGCCGCGGCUCACUCGACGUUCGAGACGCAACGGUCGCGGGGGCUGGACGUCCUAUGUAGAAUUAGGAGUAGAUGGAGGGCGGGGCUGGGAGAGACGUGCGUGUCCGCCCCGCGAGUGGGGAGCGGUCGGCGGGAAGAUGCUAGUGAUGGACAUCGACGCUAAAUAUCACACUGGAAUUGAAAUAUGUAUCGCCUUCUCGAAAGCCGAUGAUAUGACCUGUGAAUACGACUCCCCGGACACGUUCGGGAGCCGGUCCCCGUGCUGAUCGACGUUGGUGCUCGUUACGGAUGCGUUUAUGUUACUGUUACAUCGGCCCGGCGCCGCCGGCGCCGCGCCCGAGAGGCUACUUAUUAUUUUGCUCCAUUCAAUCGACUGAGUAGAUUAGUUCUCAAAUAUCGAGGUGUAGUAUUUUUUUAAAUUAACGAAUUAUAAUACUCAAAAUUUCUCGGCGCCCGUCGUGUUCAUGCGCAUUUAAAAAUCUUAUGAUAUCGGUACCUAAAAAUUAGAUAAUUAUUUUUUUAUUGAAUCGAUCGCUAGGACUACUACGUGCAGUGCAAUAUCAUAUAAAAGAUGUAACGAAAUAUAUAUUAUUAUAAGCGGAGGCGACGAUGAACUCAGCUCACUAUGUAAUGCCAAAGAAUGAAAUAAAUUGAGAAAUUUGAACGAUUCAAAGACUAGAGGAGGGGCUCGAGCGAGCGACGGAGACGGAGCGAGCGGCGCCCGUCAUCCCGUCUCGCUCUGCGGUGCUCGCGUGUCGAACGUUUGGUGCUUCGCGUAGUUCCCUUCGCAGUUCUUUCGAACGUUUUACACGAACUAUAUUUUGGAAUAUAAGAGGGUGCAAA